CAUGCGGAAAAAACAUGACGUCACAUUUAUUUGGAAAAGAAGCGCGCAGACAGAAAUGGCGCAGGGAACGUAUCACUGGACAUUACUAUAUACUCUAUUCGUUACAUACCAUUUGCGGAAUUAGUGUCACCAUGUCGUUACUGAAGCCAUUCAGCAAGCUCCCUGCUUUGAACACCGCCAGCAUAUUGCUCGUGGAGAGAGAAGAGGAGUUUCAGCAGAGAUUAGCUGACGCUCUAGUGAAGGAGGCGGCAGUCACGUUGAAUGUGAGACUAGCAAAGACUCUGCCCUUCGAGCACAAGCACAGUCGUCCCAGGAUAGACCUCGUUGUUUUUAUCAUUAACCUCACCUCAGAGCUCAGUCUACAGUCUGCGGAAGCUUCCCUCAAAUAUUUGGACCCUGGAUAUUUCCUCGGAAAAGUCUCCUUCAUGGUCACCAACGCUCGUAACGCCGCUGUCCCCAUAGAGCGCCUGGAUGCUGUCAGAAAGCUGGCUGCGUUGCACCGCUGCACACUGCUUUUUGCUGAGGAUCAGACAGCAGAUGGUGCGGCCAGUGCGGCGGAGAGGCUGCUGAGCAUUCUGAAGGUGGCGGCCGGUCUGGUUCCCAUGACGACAGCUCUCUAUCUGUCACACCUGACUUUGUGCACCGUGCCCUCAGACAUCGAUGAGAUGGGCUUUGAUUAGCUCCCAUGACCGGAGUGGCAUGCUCCUUUGACUUUUCCAUCAGUCUGUUCUUUUGUACUGGUACACUGACACUGAUGCUCUGUUACUUAUUUACAGUGUGUAGCCUCUCAUCUUCUUAGGAUUUUAUCUUUCAUCAGGUUGUCUUCUCCUUUCUGAGAACCUGUGAAGUCCAAGUAUGAACUGGGUACAAUUAUUUGGUACACCUUCAUACACCUCCACAAUACAGAAAUUCUGCAUUUAUAAACGUACCACUAUUUAGUAUUACCGUAUAUAAGAUGCAUAUAAGACGACGCUGACUUUUCGAGACCCAUUUCAAUGUCACAACUGGUAGAUUAAAAAGGAUAUCGUAUUUCUUAGCUGCACCAUCUUUUUUGGGGGGGAAUUUUCCCUAGCCACAAUCCUUAUGUGAAACAUGACCACACGUCUUUCGUUUUUCUGUGCGUUCUAAAGACAGGAAAAACAGCUAGCUUGUGGGAGCUAACAAUGCAUGUAACGUGCCAUGCCUAUUUAGACAAAAAAGCCCUAAAAAAAACUCUCCAAAAAACGACAAUGUUCUAGUUACAUAACUGACCUCUAUAUAAACUGAGCUACAGUGACUGUUAUUGUCGCUGCUAACACGAAGAACAGUUUUUCUGGUGUACUGACACAGUGCCUCAUGUCUCUACCGAGAGGUAGCGGGCCCACUCCAAAACAAUGUGAUAGGACACCAGUCUGUAGUGACUGGGAAACAAGAACGAGCAUAUGAACAACUACGAAUAGACAACCAAAUUAUCUGUAAAGUAUUAGCCCACAUUGCAUGUUUUGUUUGUACACGGCUAGAUGGACUAACAAUUCUUUCUUUGUUGUGAUGCAAUCUCUUGGAGCAAUGUCCUCCUCGCCAUAUACAUGAAGCCUUUCCAUUCAUGGUAACCACUCAGUGUAGCAGAAACACACGAUUUCUGUCGUCAUGGCUUGGCAAACUCCACAUUUACACCACCAAGUCAUGCCGGUCCUGACUCUCUCUCACCCCCACUCGACUUCUAAAACCUGUAGCUCAUCUUCCGUAUAUACAGGCUCAAAAAGAUAAGGUUCUGGAUCCUCAUUUGUCCAAAAGUAGUCGUUGGAGGCAGCUCUCACAAAGUCUGCCAUGAUUAGUAGUUGCAAAUAGACAUGCACUUUGAUGUACCUGUUACUGCAUGGUCACAGCAUGUAUAUAAAACUUUGCUGGAGGUUUUUUAGAGGGCUUUAUAGUCAAAAUAGGUCUGUCCCAUUACAUGCAUUGUUAGAUCCAUCAUGCUGACUGUUUUUUCUCCCUUUAGAACACACAGAAAAGGGAAAGACAUGCGUUCAUGUUUUAUAUAAAGGUUGUGGAUGAUGGGCAAACUUUCAAAAAAGGUGAAGAUUUCCUUUAAAGGAUUAUCACCACACUUUCCUGCCAUGCGGCAUUGCAAUAUCGGCUUUAAUGCACCUAUGCCAAACAACGCCAUUUUUUUUUAGGUUGUCAGCCACUCUCUUUUUUAAAGAUUUUUUUUUUAUUUUAAGCUUGACGUGGGGCGCGGUUGGAUCGUUGAGCUGCGUGAGCAAGACCUCUCACAGCAUGCCAUUGCUGCUGAGGUUGGAUGUUAACUUCUUAAAAGAUCCUGAGGGUUAUGGAAUAGUAAAAGUCAACAGGUAGACCCAAAACACUUCACUGGCCCUUAGCUGGAGGAUCCGACUGGCUGUCUAUCAAUAUGUGGGAUUCUCGGCCCCGAUUAAGGUUACUGGUGACAAGUCCAGUCCAGUAACCAUCAGAAAGAAAAACCAUGCAAAAGAAAGGAUUUAACAAACAAAAGUGUCAUCAAAGGCCUAGUCUCCUUCAAUGUCACAAAAUCGGAAAUUGUACGAGCGCACCAAUCAUGGGACAUUGAAAGGUGGAAGAAAGUUUUAUUUUCUGAUGAGGAAAAAAUGUAACCUCGACAGUCAUGUGGCUUCCAACUACUGGCAUGACAAGGAGGUCCCACCUGAGAUGUUUUCCACACAGCACAGUGAAGGCGGCGCUAUCCUGUUCUUGAAAUGUUUGUCUCAUUCCCAUUCCUUCUUUUUGCAUUUUGAAGUGCUAUUUAGAACCUCUUCAAGAUCCAACAGUGCAAAAUGGAAAUUGUUGCAAACGGGUCUUAAAACUUUGUAUGACAUUUAUUCAUCUGAUGGUGUAAGCAAACGUCUCUGACCAGUGACGGUGAUCUUUUAAAUCGGUAUAAGAUAAAAUGAUUUCUUCUUGUUUUUUGGUUCUCGCGGUGCAGUGGGUGAGACGCCAAGAGAGGAAAGGUGUUGAUUGGGGUCUUCGUAUCUGGUGUCACAUCUGCAACCUGCACUAAUGCACACACUCGUUCACUCUUAAAAGGUCAUCAUCUUGGCAAUUAUCCAGCAUUCAAGUUCACAUAUACUGUUUUGUUGGUGCACACCAACACUGCUACUGCCAUGUGUUCUUCAGAAAUGAGGCAAAACUGAAACACACGGGGAGAUUCUCUCAUCUUCUCUCAAAUGAUGCUUGCCGCCUUUGAAGUUUUCUGUUAAACCUUGUGUGUGUUUCAGCUUUAUGGCUCCCAUCAUCAACACCUUUUUGCACUUACAGGGCUGGUUGAGUCAUGAGCUGCAUAAUCUAAUGGGCUCCAAUACAAUCAUUGUAUUAACCAUUCUGCCCUUUCAAUGAUGAUACCGCUUAGUUGAUUUGAAAGAGGUAUUUAACAACGUGCGUGCCGUUUUGAACUGAGCCCCAUCACAUUCACACUGAUCAGUUGAUUACAACGGAAAGAGCUUAAGUGUAUGAGUCUAUGCUGUGUCCUUUUCUUAAUGGGUUUUUUUUUUGUUAUGACUGUGUAUUUGUGUAACCCGUUUGGUUCGUUCCUGCACAUGCCUGGGGCUUGAACCACAGUCCACUGAGUGAUAUUUGAGAGCGCUUGCUAAAAGCUCGAGCUGUCGACUCGAUGUCCAGUGCAACUCUUAAGGCGUCAGGGAGUGAGGUUUACCGACGUUCUUUCACACAGCUGCACCAGUUGGCGUACGUUACGCACAGCCAGUAACACAGAGGACAUGGAAAGUGGCUUGUGAGUGUCCGAGAUUUUCAAAAUCCUAAAAGUUGACAUAUUUUCAAGAUGGCCAUCAGCCUGUAAAGCCAGGUUUUUUAUAUUUGGCCUCAUUGUCAGCCAUUAAGAUGCCCAUAACGUUUUUCAUAGCCAAUUGCCCGGUGCCAUGAAGCCCGACCUCCUCCUCCGUGACCUUAGCAAUGACCUCUUGAGAUCGGCUGUGAAGAGCCGAACAAGUGCAAGUAAAACGAACCACGCUGACUGUCACUUAUACAAAUACCUUGACGUUAUUGAUGGAUAUCUUGUGUUUAACGGCAUGACUUUUGGCCAGAUGUUUGAGAAUAGCAGAGUGGCUACCUCUGGCCUUCAGCAGAUCUCCCAAUUUCUUCAACACAGUGGGGACACACAUGGACGGAAAUGCCAGAAUCCCCAGCCAAGGGAAUGUCUGCAAAUUUGGGCCACACCAGGGUGCUCGUUGUAUAAACUAUGGAGACGAAGAAGCGGUUGUAAACUCACAUUGUUGAAUGGUUUGUCCUGGAUUGAAUCUUAUUCCGAAACCUAUUAACAAAGUCAGAGCCAGACCUCCAUAGGUGUUGCAGUCUGCCUCUACUGGGCCCCAGAACUUGAGAACCAUGUCAAAGUCUGCCAUGACCUGAGGACAUAAAGGAAAUAAACUAUGUGGGUGGAAAAGAUUAGAAACGCUUGGGAAUAAAAGCUAAUUGGAGGAAAAUUCAAAGGCAGAGGAGAAGAAAAACAAAGACUAUUAUCCUUUUGUUCCAGAGUUACGUUUAAUGGCCAGCAGCCAUGAGGCAUUGCAUUUAAACUCAUUAUGAAUACAUUAGUAAAGCUUUGACCUCAAUGUAGCUGCAUAGUGUGCAUCCUGUUCAUGAAUCAUCAAGGACAGCAAAUGCAGCUCUUCUUCAAACAUGUUUUUAAUAUUAAUCAACUGAACUUCUGCCAACAUAAACAAAAAACCUGCAUUUAAAUAUUAAAAUUAUGAAUCCAGUUAAACUGGCAGUACCUACCUGUGGCGAUGUAAAUUAUCCUACCAAUAUCCUAUAACCAAUUCUUCUUGGUCCCGCUCAAAAAAUUUACCUUUUAUACUUUCUUGCUAUGUCCCACCGUCAAAGUAUUCCACCACCACCCACUUUCAUCCAUAUGCAUAUCUCUUAAAAUUAUCAUACCAAAUUAUUAUUGACCUCCACUUUAAUCCAGUCUUAAUAGUACUAUUAUGUGUUUACUAUUUACUAUUAUUUGUUUUCCAUUUGUUUAUUACUCAGAAAAUAAGCUGAGGUGUUAUAAUGGAUCUUUUCAACUCUAUUGUAGUUUGUUCUGUCUUGGACCUACUGGUUGGAUGCCAAUUCACCCUCUUUGUGAGCAAAAUUUGUGCAAUAACUUGAUGCGUCCAUCUUUGUGUUCUCUGACCCUAACCCCAGAGUGGUGAAGCAUUUCAUACACCAGUUUCAGUUUAAUACUCAACACUACCUGUUAGCUCUCCUCAUAAACACAAAACAGCCUUAUAAUGUAUAUAUUAUAGUUAUACAUUAUAUACUGUAUACACUCCAGAUAAAAAUUUUAAGACCUGUUGAAAAAUUGCAAUAUUUUACAUUUUUCACUGUUGGAUCUUAAGGAGUAGAGCUUCAAAAUGCAAAUAGAAAAAAAAGAGUAAGCAAUUUAUUACAAACAACCAUUAAACUGAAAUAGGCUGUUCAUCAGCUGAUCAAAAGUUGAAGACCAUAGUGCAAAAAAACCUCCUAAACCUAAAAGAGAAACCAAAUGUUCAAAAAAAUAACUCAGUAAUGAGUAGCUGCACCCUUCUUGUUAAUCACCUCAAAAAUUGGUUUGGGCAUGUUUGAUGCUAGUGUUUCCAGGAGGCUACUGGGAAUGUUGCUACAGGUGAUGAAGAAGUCUUCACAGAGGGCAUACUGUGUCCAUUUUUCUAAACCUCCCUUUCCAUCCAUCCUCAAAUGUUCACAACUGGAUUUUGAUUGGAUCCUACACUUGCAGGCUUUUACUAUUAUUUUAAAACACCACAUACUCAAAAGUAAAGCAGAAUAGCAGCUCAAAAACCUCAAUAUUGAAAUCUCUUAUAAUGUAGAUUUUAUAAUUAUAUAAUGAAGAUUAGUUGUCACA